AUGAAGAAGGGCAACAUCAUUGAACAGGGUACACAUGAUCAACUAAUGAGCCUGGACGGAUCGUAUGCAGAUAUGAUACGUCUGCAGACGGUCAAAUCGAAUGAAAAUGGAGCAUCAAGCUCAAGAACAAGUCUUGAUUCUCAUCACGUCGAUAGGAUAUCGAAUGAGAAGGAUCCAUUGAUUUUGCCCGAGGUUGACAUAACUCCUGCCUCAGAUCACGAAAAGAGUUCACUCGCGGAGCCGAUCAAAGGAUCAGUAAUUGCUGGCUCCAUUCGCAAGACCAUGGGGCCACUGGUGCGACCAUAUACUCUGCUUGUGUUCGUAGCCUUUUUCGCUGCUCUAAUCGUUGGUGGUCAAUACUCUGGCUCUGGGCUUCUCUUCGGUAACAUCAUGGGUGUGAUGUCACCUUGCAAUCGGCCGGACUACAUCCGUUCGCAAGGUGCAUUCCUUUCUGGGAUGUGGUUCAUGCUCGCUUGCAUAGAGUUCCUUGCAAAUUUCGCUAGCUGGGCAGUCUUUGGCUUAAUAUCUGAGCGACUGAUCUACAAAGUUCGCAAUAUGUCGUUGCAGACGCUCUUGCGGCAGCCAUUACAAUGGCACGAAUCUGACGCCCGGAGUCCUUCCCAGCUUUUAGAGUAUAUCACCAAGGAUGGCAAUUCGCUUGCUGGGUUUAGCGGCUCUAUUAUCGGUACGUAG